AUGCAUGUUGGCGAGCACCUGAGAGAGGGGAGCAAGGGAGAGUGGGUAGAGAGUGGUAGGAAGGGGAAAUUCAGAAGCUGUCAGAAGCAGACAGGUGGGCUGCAGAAGGGAAAAUUCAGAAGCUGUCAGAAGCAGACAGGUGGGCUGCAGAAGGGAAAAUUCAGAAGCUGUCAGAAGCAGACAGGUGGGCUGCAGAAGGGAAAAUUCAGAAGCUGUCAGAAGCAGACAGGUGGGCUGCAGAAGGGAAAAUUCAGAAGCUGUCAGAAGCAGACAGGUGGGCUGCAGAAGGGAAAAUUCAGAAGCUGUCAGAAGCAGACAGGUGGGCUGCAGAAGGGAAAAUUCAGAAGCUGUCAGAAGCAGACAGGUGGGCUGCAGAAGGGAAAAUUCAGAAGCUGUCAGAAGCAGACAGGUGGGCUGCAGAAGGGAAAAUUCAGAAGCUGUCAGAAGCAGACAGGUGGGCUGCAGAAGGGAAAAUUCAGAAGCUGUCAGAAGCAGACAGGUGGGCUGCAGAAGGGAAAAUUCAGAAGCUGUCAGAAGCAGACAGGUGGGCUGCAGAAGGGAAAAUUCAGAAGCUGUCAGAAGCAGAAAGGUGGGCUGCAGAAGGGAAAAUUCAGAAGCUGUCAGAAGCAGACAGGUGGGCUGCAGAAGGGAAAAUUCAGAAGCUGUCAGAAGCAGACAGGUGGGCUGCAGAAGGAAAAAUUCAGAAGCUGUCAGAAGCAGACAGGUGGGCUGCAGAAGGGAAAAUUCAGAAGCUGUCAGAAGCAGACAGGUGGGCUGCAGAAGGGAAAAUUCAGAAGCUGUCAGAAGCAGACAGGUGGGCUGCAGAAGGGAAAAUUCAGACGCUGUCAGAAGCAGACAGGUGGGCUGCAGAAGGGAAAAUUCAGAAGCUGUCAGAAGCAGACAGGUGGGCUGCAGAAGGGAAAAUUCAGAAGCUGUCAGAAGCAGACAGGUGGGCUGCAGAAGGGAAAAUUCAGACGCUGUCAGAAGCAGACAGGUGGGCUGCAGAAGGGAGAAUUCAGAAGCUGUCAGAAGCAGACAGGUGGGCUGCAGAAGGGAAAAUUCAGAAGCUGUCAGAAGCAGACAGGUGGGCUGCAGAAGGGAAAAUUCAGAAGCUGUCAGAAGCAGACAGGUGGGCUGCAGAAGGGAAAAUUCAGAAGCUGUCAGAAGCAGACAGGUGGGCUGCAGAAGGGAAAAUUCAGAAGCUGUCAGAAGCAGACAGGUGGGCUGCAGAAGGGAAAAUUCAGAAGCUGUCAGAAGCAGACAGGUGGGCUGCAGAAGGGAAAAUUCAGAAGCUGUCAGAAGCAGACAGGUGGGCUGCAGAAGGGAAAAUUCAGAAGCUGUCAGAAGCAGACAGGUGGGCUGCAGAAGGGAAAAUUCAGAAGCUGUCAGAAGCAGACAGGUGGGCUGCAGAAGGGAAAAUUCAGACGCUGUCAGAAGCAGAAAGGUGGGCUGCAGAAGGGAAAAUUCAGAAGCUGUCAGAAGCAGACAGGUGGGCUGCAGAAGGGAAAAUUCAGAAGCUGUCAGAAGCAGACAGGUGGGCUGCAGAAGGGAAAAUUCAGAAGCUGUCAGAAGCAGACAGGUGGGCUGCAGAAGGGAAAAUUCAGACGCUGUCAGAAGCAGACAGGUGGGCUGCAGAAGGGAAAAUUCAGAAGCUGUCAGAAGCAGACAGGUGGGCUGCAGAAGGGAAAAUUCAGAAGCUGUCAGAAGCAGACAGGUGGGCUGCAGAAGGGAAAAUUCAGACGCUGUCAGAAGCAGACAGGUGGGCUGCAGAAGGGAAAAUUCAGAAGCUGUCAGAAGCAGACAGGUGGGCUGCAGAAGGGAAAAUUCAGAAGCUGUCAGAAGCAUACAGGGAAAAUUCAGAAGCUGUCAGAAGCAGACAGGUGGGCUGCAGAAGGAAAAUUCAGAAGCUGUCAGAAGCAGACAGGUGGGCUGCAGAAGGGAAAAUUCAGAAGCUGUCAGAAGCAGACAGGUGGGCUGCAGAAGGGAGAAUUCAGAAGCUGUCAGAAGCAGACAGGUGGGCUGCAGAAGGGAAAAUUCAGAAGCUGUCAGAAGCAGACAGGUGGGCUGCAGAAGGGAAAAUUCAGAAGCUGUCAGAAGCAGACAGGUGGGCUGCAGAAGGGAAAAUUCAGAAGCUGUCAGAAGCAGACAGGUGGGCUGCAGAAGGGAAAAUUCAGAAGCUGUCAGAAGCAGACAGGUGGGCUGCAGAAGGGAAAAUUCAGAAGCUGUCAGAAGCAGACAGGUGGGCUGCAGAAGGGAAAAUUCAGAAGCUGUCAGAAGCAGACAGGUGGGCUGCAGAAGGGAAAAUUCAGAAGCUGUCAGAAGCAGACAGGUGGGCUGCAGAAGGGAAAAUUCAGAAGCUGUCAGAAGCAGACAGGUGGGCUGCAGAAGGGAAAAUUCAGAAGCUGUCAGAAGCAGACAGGUGGGCUGCAGAAGGGAAAAUUCAGAAGCUGUCAGAAGCAGACAGGUGGGCUGCAGAAGGGAAAAUUCAGAAGCUGUCAGAAGCAGACAGGUGGGCUGCAGAAGGGAAAAUUCAGAAGCUGUCAGAAGCAGACAGGUGGGCUGCAGAAGGGAAAAUUCAGAAGCUGUCAGAAGCAGACAGGUGGGCUGCAGAAGGGAGAAUUCAGAAGCUGUCAGAAGCAGACAGGUGGGCUGCAGAAGGGAAAAUUCAGAAGCUGUCAGAAGCAGACAGGUGGGCUGCAGAAGGGAAAAUUCAGAAGCUGUCAGAAGCAGACAGGUGGGCUGCAGAAGGGAAAAUUCAGAAGCUGUCAGAAGCAGACAGGUGGGCUGCAGAAGGGAAAAUUCAGAAGCUGUCAGAAGCAGACAGGUGGGCUGCAGAAGGGAAAAUUCAGAAGCUGUCAGAAGCAGACAGGUGGGCUGCAGAAGGGAAAAUUCAGAAGCUGUCAGAAGCAGACAGGUGGGCUGCAGAAGGGAAAAUUCAGAAGCUGUCAGAAGCAGACAGGUGGGCUGCAGAAGGGAAAAUUCAGAAGCUGUCAGAAGCAGACAGGUGGGCUGCAGAAGGGAAAAUUCAGAAGCUGUCAGAAGCAGACAGGUGGGCUGCAGAAGGGAAAAUUCAGAAGCUGUCAGAAGCAGACAGGUGGGCUGCAGAAGGGAAAAUUCAGAAGCUGUCAGAAGCAGACAGGUGGGCUGCAGAAGGGAAAAUUCAGAAGCUGUCAGAAGCAGACAGGUGGGCUGCAGAAGGGAAAAUUCAGAAGCUGUCAGAAGCAGACAGGUGGGCUGCAGAAGGGAAAAUUCAGAAGCUGUCAGAAGCAGACAGGUGGGCUGCAGAAGGGAAAAUUCAGAAGCUGUCAGAAGCAGAAAGGUGGGCUGCAGAAGGGAAAAUUCAGAAGCUGUCAGAAGCAGACAGGUGGGCUGCAGAAGGGAAAAUUCAGAAGCUGUCAGAAGCAGACAGGUGGGCUGCAGAAGGGAAAAUUCAGAAGCUGUCAGAAGCAGACAGGUGGGCUGCAGAAGGGAAAAUUCAGAAGCUGUCAGAAGCAGACAGGUGGGCUGCAGAAGGGAAAAUUCAGAAGCUGUCAGAAGCAGACAGGUGGGCUGCAGAAGGGAAAAUUCAGAAGCUGUCAGAAGCAGACAGGUGGGCUGCAGAAGGGAAAAUUCAGACGCUGUCAGAAGCAGACAGGUGGGCUGCAGAAGGGAAAAUUCAGAAGCUGUCAGAAGCAGACAGGUGGGCUGCAGAAGGGAAAAUUCAGAAGCUGUCAGAAGCAUACAGGUGGGCUGCAGAAGGGAAAAUUCAGAAGCUGUCAGAAGCAGACAGGUGGGCUGCAGAAGGGAAAAUUCAGAAGCUGUCAGAAGCAGACAGGUGGGCUGCAGAAGGAAAAAUUCAGACGCUGUCAGAAGCAGACAGGUGGGCUGCAGAAGGGAAAAUUCAGAAGCUGUCAGAAGCAGACAGGUGGGCUGCAGAAGGAAAAUUCAGAAGCUGUCAGAAGCAGACAGGUGGGCUGCAGAAGGGAAAAUUCAGAAGCUGUCAGAAGCAGACAGGUGGGCUGCAGAAGGAAAAUUCAGAAGCUGUCAGAAGCAGACAGGUGGGCUGCAGAAGGGAAAAUUCAGAAGCUGUCAGAAGCAGACAGGUGGGCUGCAGAAGGGAAAAUUCAGAAGCUGUCAGAAGCAGACAGGUGGGCUGCAGAAGGGAAAAUUCAGAAGCUGUCAGAAGCAGACAGGUGGGCUGCAGAAGGGAAAAUUCAGAAGCUGUCAGAAGCAGACAGGUGGGCUGCAGAAGGGAAAAUUCAGAAGCUGUCAGAAGCAGACAGGUGGGCUGCAGAAGGGAAAAUUCAGAAGCUGUCAGAAGCAGACAGGUGGGCUGCAGAAGGGAAAAUUCAGAAGCUGUCAGAAGCAGACAGGUGGGCUGCAGAAGGGAAAAUUCAGAAGCUGUCAGAAGCAGACAGGUGGGCUGCAGAAGGGAAAAUUCAGACGCUGUCAGAAGCAGACAGGUGGGCUGCAGAAGGGAAAAUUCAGAAGCUGUCAGAAGCAGACAGGUGGGCUGCAGAAGGGAAAAUUCAGAAGCUGUCAGAAGCAGACAGGUGGGCUGCAGAAGGGAAAAUUCAGACGCUGUCAGAAGCAGACAGGUGGGCUGCAGAAGGGAGAAUUCAGAAGCUGUCAGAAGCAGACAGGUGGGCUGCAGAAGGGAAAAUUCAGAAGCUGUCAGAAGCAGACAGGUGGGCUGCAGAAGGGAAAAUUCAGAAGCUGUCAGAAGCAGACAGGUGGGCUGCAGAAGGGAAAAUUCAGAAGCUGUCAGAAGCAGACAGGUGGGCUGCAGAAGGGAAAAUUCAGACGCUGUCAGAAGCAGACAGGUGGGCUGCAGAAGGGAAAAUUCAGACGCUGUCAGAAGCAGACAGGUGGGCUGCAGAAGGGAAAAUUCAGAAGCUGUCAGAAGCAGACAGGUGGGCUGCAGAAGGGAAAAUUCAGAAGCUGUCAGAAGCAGACAGGUGGGCUGCAGAAGGGAAAAUUCAGAAGCUGUCAGAAGCAGACAGGUGGGCUGCAGAAGGGAAAAUUCAGAAGCUGUCAGAAGCAGACAGGUGGGCUGCAGAAGGGAAAAUUCAGACGCUGUCAGAAGCAGACAGUUUCACCUGCCCCAAUCCCCACCUGCCCCACGUCCCACCUGCCCCAUUUCUCACCUGCCCCAUGUGGUUGAAGCCAAGAAUAACAAUCGGCUCCGCACCCCCAUAG